AUUUCAGAACAUCCCUGAGGAACUGGCUCCAGUGUUCACUGACAAGUAUUUAGGAGGAACACAAGACCCUGCCCAAAAGGAAGACCUGCUCCUGGACUUGAUUGGAGAUGGGUUGUUUUGUGUGCCAUCUGUGAACACGGCCGUUACCACAGAGAUGCUGGAGUCCCGACCUACAUGUACGAGUUUCAGUAUCGCCCAAGCUUCUCACCAAAGGUGAAACCCAAGACAGUGAUAGGGGACCACGGGGAUGAAAUCUUCUCUGUCUUCGGGAUUCCAGUUUUGCAAGAUGGUGCCUCAGAAGAAGAGAUCAAUCUCAGCAAGAUGAUGAUGAAAUUCUGGGCCAACUUUGCUCGGAAUGGGAACCCCAAUGGGAAGGGGCUUCCCCACUGGCCAGCAUAUGACCAGAAAGAAGGGUACCUUCAGAUUGGUGUCAACACUCGGGCAGCCGAGAAGCUGAAAAGUGAGAAAGUGGCUUUCUGGAACGAGCUUCUGUCCCAGGAGGCAGCAAAGAAGGUCCCACAAUCAAAACAUGUUGAGCUGUAAACGGGGGUUUCUCUAGAAGGGUUUGUGUGCCAAAGAGGCAUCUUAUUGUGGAGGCUGAGGAAUUAUCCAGUGGGAGUGGCAGAGGUCUGGGAGGGGGAGUUUCUGUUUCUGUGGCCUCAAUUUGGAAAUAAAUGUUCUUUUGGAGACCAAG